GAUCACUUUCUUUGAGCUGUCUUGUCUUCACAAACGAAAAUUUGGGUCAAACGUUAACAAGUUUUAGUUUUUCGUGAUUCCUCGCGGUCCGUCGAUGUGGUGCUAAUUUAAGGUUCUUAAGUGUUAUGCGUUUUGCGAUGCAAUCAUGGAUUACUCUUACCGGCAGGCUCCUAAUUCUCUCAUCCUUCUUCCACUUGUCGUUUAACCAGUACAGCCCCAACCACCAGUAUUAUCCCUACCGACAAUACCAACCUCAACCAUGGCAUCCCGAACAAACACAUCCAAAUCUCCAAUGGGUAAGACAGGAAUAUCAGAGACCACAAGGAUACCAAAUAUUUCGCAGAUCUGCUCAAUACUCAAACGAAGACCCUGAAAGUGGACGCCAUUUUAAGCCAGAAACCAUUUUUAAAAUAACUGAGACCCUUGGAGCUUUAAACACUGUUGGCAGGUAUUUGGUGAAUAUGACAAGAACUGGAGAGGGAAGUAAAGUAUCCGAGGAUGUGCCACAUGCGUUGUACACUAUUAGCAAGAACGUUUUGGGAAGGAACGUCACUGAUACUAUAGCCCCUUUGGUUAGAGAAGCUUUGCCUAUUCCAGAGAAGAAUGAAACGCCUCACAAAGCUAUUAAAAAAGUUGAUGUUAGUGAGGAAGAAGAUGAUGAUGAAGAUGAUAAAGGAUGUACCACACCAGAAGGAGUAACCGGAUACUGUACUGAUUUAAGUGAGUGUCCUCAGCUUCUACUUAACCUCGGAAACCUUCGUCAAUCAUUAUGCUUUAAGAGCCUCUUUGUGCCAGGAGUUUGCUGCCCUAAAACAGCUGUAGACUCUGUAGAUAACUCGAUACAAUCAAACUCAGUAAGACCAACUUUUGCCACAACAACUUCCACAUCUACACCCAGUACCCCAGUAACGUUUGCCUCAAUUUACUAUAAUACUGAAAAACCUACAACAGCAGCACCAGUAGUUAGCUCAGCAGCUUCUACUAUAUUGAGUAAACCUGGAGCACUAUUACCUGUUAGUAAUGUGCCAAGUUUAGCACCUGUUGUUAAUAAUUUCGUUGAUCCAGAAGAGUGUGGACAACCAGAGAAUGCCAAAUUUCGAGUGGUAGGUGGAGAAGAAGCUCUUCCAGGACGUUGGCCAUGGAUGGCAGCCAUUUUUCUUCACGGAUCUCGAAGAACUGAGUUUUGGUGCGGUGGUUCCCUCAUAACAUCCACUCAUGUGCUCACUGCUGCUCAUUGCACGCGAGACUCACGUCAAAGACCAUUUUCAGCUAGACAAUUCACUGUGCGUUUAGGAGAUGUUGACCUUAAAAGAGAUGAUGAACCAUCCGCACCGGUAACAUUUAAAGUGACAGAAAUCAGAGCUCAUAAGCAGUUUAGUAGAGUAGGUUUCUAUAAUGAUAUAGCUAUUCUUAAACUGGAUAGACCAGCCAGGAAGUCGAAAUACGUGAUUCCUCUAUGUUUACCACCUCGAGAAGCUCGGCAAGAGCAGUUUUCCGGUAAAAGAAGUACUGUAGUAGGGUGGGGAACCACUUUUUAUGGAGGUAAAGAGAGUACUGUACAACGCCAAGCUAUAUUACCAGUUUGGAGAAAUGAGGAUUGUAAUCAAGCGUAUUUUCAACCAAUCACAAGUAAUUUUAUUUGUGCUGGAUAUUCGGAAGGAGGUAUCGACGCUUGUCAGGGCGAUUCUGGAGGACCUCUGAUGCUAAACUGGGACGCGCGAUGGAUUCAGAUCGGGGUAGUUUCCUUUGGGAACAAAUGCGGUGAACCGGGAUACCCUGGGGUAUAUACUAGGGUUACAGAAUAUUUAGACUGGAUCGCAGAAAACACCCGAACGUGAAUAUGUAUCAUUAAAUUCAGGGAAAUUUGUCUGGGAAAGAUAGAAAUAGGAUUACGGCAUCUAGUAUACAGUAAACAUGUAGAAAUCUUCUCUUUCCCUAUUUACUUGAAAUUUUCGAAUUUUUAUCAAAAAUAAUAAAUAUCGUUUUUGGAUGGUUCGAUUCUUUUUAAGAGGCAACUUUUAUUUAUUUGUAUUAAAGUAUUCAGUUGUAAAAUAACCGUUAAAUAUGUACAAUGACUAUUAACUCAAACUAGAUUUCUGCGCAAUAAAUCGCGAAAGAAUUCAUAUGCGCAAUAACAAUCUGCACAUAUUUAUUUUUUUAAUAUAUAUUGAAAUAUAUUUAAUUUUUUUUCUAAUAUGGGAGAGGGGAGGAGGGAUUUCCACAUGCUUAUGUUGUUGUACUUUUUAAAGUUAAUUUUCCUGUAUUAUAAUUUGCUACAUCCAGUGAUAUGCAUUCAUAUUAAUAAUUUGUUAAGUAGUAUUUAUAUUAAGUUAUUUAAGUAAUAUUAGCGUGCUUUCGUACGAAUUCGUGUGAUACCACUGUAUAUAUUAUUAAACCAAAUUAAUAAAGUUACCCUUAUUUUAUUUAUAUAUAAUAUAUUGUUCUGUAAAUAAAUAAUUUACUAAUAA